AUGGGGCACUGUGCCAAGUUUGGUGCAUACACCAUAUUAUGUUGUACAGCCAUUCCAUCCAUAAUCCAUUUUGCACUUGUACAGGUAUGCACAACAUGGAUGGCUACAAUAAUAUUCUCUUUUUGAGCAAAGCAAAAAAUUUUUGCUAGGUUUACAUUCUUAGAUCCACAGUAAAUUUCAAAGUAUUGUGAACACAUGCAAUUAUUGCAAAGUGCUUAAGGUAACUAAACGAAAUUAUGUUGAUAUUUUCCUUUUUCAGAGGAAUCAAGCUGGCAACAGCCCUGCAAUGGAGUUCAUGGGUUUUCAGCUGUGCAUGAACUUCCUUGCUGGAUGUGGCAUUGUAAUAACCACCUUUAUCUCAGACCGUCACACCCAGAUUGCAGCCUACGUCAAGACAGUCCUCAAACACAUCACACAAUACUUUGACCUCUGGCAUUUAAAGAAAAGUGAGAUUAAAACUUAGUCAUCUACUCUGACUCCAACAGCUCCCCAUUGUGUUUUGAGCAGCAACAUGUCUUACUUAGAAAUCUUGAGAAAACUUACAGAAAGCCUAUGGGUCAAACCUCGAUGACAUUAGUUAGAAUUUUUAUUUAAUAAUCUUAUAACUUCUCCGUUGCUUUUACAUGUAUAACAGUUGUUGUCAUAAGCAGUUAUAACAUCUGAAUUUGAUUUAAUCAUUGAAGAUUAUACCCUUACAACAAUGCACAUGUCAUAUCCAGUUCACAUUAUUAUAGUACUGGGUUUAAGGUUUUAGCUAGAAAACAGCUAUGUAAGUAAUAAUAACAGUUGUAGGAGGCAAAAUAGGCUUUGGUUUGAACCUCUCUUCAAUAAAUCAAUAAUUUUUGUGUUUUUAUUAAUUUGUAAAUAGAGAUCAAGAAACUAAUUUCAAAACUUGCAAAAGAGAAAGACAAUGAGCAGCUCAAGGAGUGGAUAAAGCCAUGCACAAACCAUCUUCACUGGAGUGCUACAACCACACCAAGUGGAAAUGGAAAAAUCAUCUGGGCUAAGUUUAAAUCAUUCCUAAGCCACAUUGUUAACAAACAUUCGGACUUAGACGAUCCUCUCUUUAAUAAAUGUGCCCAUGGAGAGAUUAAUGAUAGGACAUGGCUUCAGACAGGUGAGAAAAUCUCCCACCCUAACACUUGUGAUGGUCAGUUGUUUUCUAAUGUGGUUUUGAUUUAGACUUCAAGUAGUCUUUCUUUUUUUAGCCUGCAAAGUGAAAUGCACAAGACACAAAAAUGAUUUAGUGUGUGACUCAAGGCGUGAGAUGAAAGAGGCGAGAAAAAGUGGGCUCUGCCCUCGCUUCUUUCUUCUCCCAGCUUGACGCUCAUACCUUUUCCUCAUUAAAUGUGAAGAAGAGAAAAAGGAAAGAAACUGCUCGCAGUCAAGUUUGAUUUCUUCCAUGUUGUUAAAUCAAUAUCCCUAUUUUUAUAACUCAUUCUUUGCUUCUGUGAGAGUGUAGCAAAUUUUACUCAAAUACACACUGUUAUUAGUUCCGAUCAUUACUGUUUUUGUCUUCAACAGAUGACAAAGCCUAUGAAAGGUUAUGCAAAGUACUGACAACUAACAGCCUGAAGAAAGGGAUUCAACAGGCAUCACCAAUCGACCAAACAGAUUGCUUGGAAGGGUUCCAUUCUGUACUAAAUCAGUUUGCCCCAAAGAUGAUUGCAUAUUCUUAUGUUGGGAUGCUUUGCAGGUAGUUGUAAUACAGGCAUAUCAAGGGGAGGGCUGCGAGAGGUGUACUUCCUUCAGAAACAGCUUUAUCUUCUUUUCUUCCGAAUAUUUUUAUUAGUAUAACCUGGACAGUUGCCAAUAAAAAUUAAUGUUGUUAUGGCAGUGCAUCCCACUAUGCAAAUAAUGGUACCCUACUGGCUGCUAACAUUUCAAGUACAAACAUUGUGUAAUUUUUUAAUCUAUUUUCCAGG